CCAACUUCUCUUGCUGAGCAGCUGCUGAAGUCAAGUAGUUCAAGUAAAUCAGCUUGGGAGGGUGGGGGGAAAUAUUUCGCAAGACUGGACGGGUUAUUAAGGGCUGCGAAACGUUCCGCAGCACAGCAAGGCGUGAUUGCGAGUUUUCAGGGGAUUUCGUCAUUUGACUUAGUGUGCGUGACGAUUCGCGUUGCAGAUACGGAUAGAAAAUCGAAAUAAUUAGCUGGAAAUAAUUAGCUGGAAAAAAAUGUCCGGGAAAAGUUAUAACGUACCGCCAAGUGCGGAGUUUGUCGCACGAGUGUCUGGAAUCGCGACCAUGGCCAAGCUUCCUUUUCAAGAAACAGCCGAGGGUCUGGAUGCCGCGUUUAUUGGAGUUCCUAUUGACACGGGCACUUCUAAUCGUCCUGGGGCAAGAUUUGGUCCUCGGCAGAUCCGGGCCGAAUCGGCUAUGCUGAGACCCUACAACGGCGGUACCAGAGCAGCCCCCUACGAGUCCCUCAUGGUUGCCGACAUCGGUGAUGUCAACGUUAAUUUGUACGACCUCAAAGACACUUGCAAAAGGAUCCGGGAGGCAUACCGCAAAAUCCUGAAAACUGGCUGUAUACCUCUAACGAUGGGGGGUGAUCACACAAUUGCAUACCCAAUUCUACAGGCAGUCGCAGAAAGACACGGUCCCGUGGGUCUGGUCCACGUGGACGCCCAUUCGGACACGGGCGAUGUGAUCUUGGGGGAGAAGAUCGGCCAUGGGACGCCAUUCCGUCGCUGUGUGGAGGAAGGCCUGCUCGACUGCAGCAGGGUGGUCCAGAUCGGCCUACGAGGCAGCAGCUACUCUCCUGAUGCCUACGCAUGGAGCAGAGCUCAGGGCUUCCGUGUGGUGCAGGCGGACGAGUGUUGGCACAAGUCCCUGGUCCCCCUCAUGGCUGAGGUGCGCGAACAGCUUGGCGCGGGACCCGUGUACCUCAGCUUCGACAUAGAUGCCCUGGAUCCUGCGUUCGCCCCAGGGACGGGCACGCCCGAGAUUGCGGGCCUCACAACCAUUCAGGGCGUGGAGAUCAUCCGCGGUUGCAGAGGUCUAAAUAUCGUGGGCUGUGACCUGGUGGAAGUUUCCCCACCUUAUGAUGCUACGGGCAACACCGCUCUGCUUGCAGCAAAUCUCCUAUUUGAAAUGCUGUGUGUCCUUCCGAAGAUAAAAUACUAUAACUGAACUAAUGUAAGAUGUUUGUGUUAAGGAUCAAACCUUGGUUUCAUCUCUGAUGUUAUAGGAGAGUGAAAUACAGCCACAAAACAAAAAUGGAAGAAAAA